AUGGCUCCCGCACCGCUGGGCAGUGGCGGCAUCGACGAUACCGGGACUUCAGACUUUUCGUUCGCAUCGAGCUUCGUCUCCGACCAGCUCGCUCAGUUGGCAAUGGCUGGGACGAAGCCCAUGCCGAAGCCGCUGUCAGUCGUCUGCCCCAACAUCAUAGAAAGUGAGGAUGCAGUCACGGCCAAACCGCUGCCGACCAAUGCACACCAUCCGCUGCCUGCGGAUCUUGUGUCAGACGGAACCGCGUCCGGCGACGUUACCGACGACGACGAGGCGAACGGUGAUGGGGAGGAGGAGGAGGAGGAUCUGCCGGCCUUGGCGCCGGCUGCUGCGCAGGUGGCGUUCAGCCUCUCGCAGAAGAAGCGGGCCGACUACGAUGCUUUCGACUCAUGGCUGUCGCAGAAUCGAGACAGCAUCACCAAGACCACCAAAACAAUGGCUGCGGCACUCUGCGACGAGGACAAGACGGCGGCUGCCCUCGUGCGCGAGUUUGAGAGCGCCAAGAUCAUCGAGAGUCCUCGCGACUACCAGAUCGAGCUGUUUGAGAAGGCCAAGCAGAAGAACAUCAUCGCCGUUCUGGAUACUGGCUCCGGAAAGACGCUGAUUGCGGCCCUUUUGCUUCGGCAUAUGAUCGAACGCGAGCUUGACGACCGCGAAAACGGACGGCCCCAUCGCGUUUCCUUCUUCCUGGUCGACAAGGUGGCCCUCGUCUUCCAGCAGCACGCCGUUCUCGAGUGCAACCUCAGCCAGCCCGUCGCCAAGUUUUCGGGCGACAAGUCAGAUAUGCGUUGGUCGUCCAAGGACUUUUGGGACGCGACACUCCAGGAGCACAUGGUCAUUGUGUGCACGGCUGACAUUCUCCUCAAAUGCCUCCACCACUCGUACAUUUGCAUGGACCAGAUCAGCCUACUCAUCUUUGACGAGGCCCACCAUACAAAGAAGAACCACUCGUAUGCGCGCAUAAUCAAGGACUUUUACCCCUUCCGGGACAUCCCAGAGCGCGGCCGGCGGCCCAAGAUCUUUGGCAUGACCGCAUCGCCUGUCGAUGCGCGCACCAAUGUCACGCAGGCUGCCCAAGAACUCGAAGCGUUGCUACAUAGCGAGAUUGCGACAAUCGCCCAUAACAAUCUGCUGCACGACAUUUCCAAGCCCAAGAAGGAGCGCAUUGUGCACUACCACACGGCCCUGGUCCAACACGAGUCAAACCUCAUGCGGCGGCUCCGGCAGCUCGUGGGCAACCACAAGCUCUUUGCUCGCAACUUCCAGUACGCGGACGCCAACCUCUCGGUGCUGGGGCCUUGGAUCAUCGACCGCUUUUGGCAGAUCCUGUUCCGCACCGAGGAACUCGCUAAACAGGAGGCGAAGGCCGAGAUUGAGAGGCAGCCCGACGCGGAGGGUGCGGGACGGAACCCCCUCAAGCUCGACGGUCUCGGCGACGAGCCCGUGCAGUACAACUCUAAUGUGGUAGCUGUGCGGGACGCCAGUCGUUUCGUGGAGCUGUACCGCUUCAUGCCGCCGAGUAUGGCCCAGUUGUCGAACAAAGUUCAGCGGCUGCACGACGCCCUUUUUGACGUGUUCACGCGGUUCAGCGGUCAGAAGACGCGGUGCAUCGUCUUUGUAGAGCAGCGCUACACAGCCACCCUUUUGGCUGACCUGUUCCAACAGGAGCAAAUGAAGAUCCCAAACCUUCGGACCGGCGUCUUGGUCGGCGGCGGAUCCAAGGACAUGGGCAAGAACACGUUCCGCACGCAGCUGCUGACCAUCUCCAAGUUCAAGCGUGGCCAGGUCAACUGCCUCUUCGCGACAUCCAUUGCUGAGGAGGGCCUGGACAUUCCAGACUGCAACCUUGUCAUCCGCUUCGACCUAUACCGCACCAUGAUCCAGUAUAUUCAGUCGCGCGGGCGAGCCCGGCACCAGGAGUCGACAUACAUCCACAUGGCCGAGCUCGGCAACGUGGAUCACCGCCGCCUGCUCGCGGAGAACAAGGCCAGCGAGAACAAGAUGCGCGACUUUUGCAACGCGCUGCCGGAAAACCGCAAGCUGGAGGGAAAUGAUAUUGACAUGGACUACUUUUUGCGCGACAAGACAGACCAGCAAGUGUAUGUUGUGCCGUCCACCCAGGCGAAGCUGACGUACCGGUCCAGUCUGGUCAUCCUGGCCCAGUAUGUGUCGACGCUCCCCGAGCCGAGCGAGGGAGUGCCGAAGCCCGAGUACUCUGUGUUUUGCACCGCCGACGGCUUCGUCUGCGAGGUGAUGUUACCAUCGUCUUCGCCCAUCCGCCAGGCGACCGGCCGACCCCAUAGCCGGAAGCAGGUCGCCAAGUGCGCGGCGGCCUUUGCCAUGUGCCUCAAACUGUACGAAAAGAAGUACAUUGACAAGCAUCUGCACCCCAUCUUUGCGUCCCGGCUGCCUGCCAUGCGCAACGCGCGGCUGGCCGUCAGCUCCAAGAAGCAGGCCCAGUACACGAUGCGCGUCAAGCCCGAGACAUGGUCGGUCCUCGGCAUGCCGACGCAGCUGUAUGCUUCGAUUCUCUCGCUCACCCACCCGGAAUCCCUGGACCGUCCCUCACGCCCGCUCGUGUUCUUGUCUCGGCACAAGAUGCCUCUGCUCCCCGAGUUCCCCUUGUUCUUUAGCAAAGGCCGGGCCUCGAAGGUCCGCUGCGUCCCCGUGGACAUUCCUAUGCAGCCUACCCCGAACGAGAUGGAGGCGCUCGCUGCGUAUACCCUUCGCGCAUUCUAUGAUGUUUUCAGCAAGGAAUACGAGGGCACGGCUAAGGACAUGCCGUAUUUCAUUGCCCCGUACAGCGAGCCCACGCACGACGUCGUGCUGCGGGACAAUAGCACCUGCCCUGAUGGACGCUCGAUCUUGGACUGGGCUAGCAUCCACCACGUCGCCGCACAGAUUGAGAGAAUUACGUGCCAGGGCGACGAGCCCGAUUCGUUUUUCGAAAACAAGUUUGUGUCGGACCCCUUUGACGGCUCGCGCAAGUUCUAUUUGCGGCACGUGCGGCGCGAUAUGUCGGCGCUCGAUCCGGUGCCCGAGGGUGCGCCGGCGCCAAAACACCGCGCUUGGAACCGGCCGGACACGGUGCGCAACAUUUUAAACUACAGCGUGAGCCUGUGGUCCAAGUCGCGGGUCAACACGCCGAUCCGGCAAGACCAGGUUGUUGUGGAGGCGGAUAUCAUAUACCAGCGCCGCAACCUGCUCGACGAGCGUGUGUUCCUCGACGAUUUUGGACCUAGCCGGUGCUUUAUUGUCCUGGAUACACUUCGUAUUUCGCCGAUCCCUGUUGAUUCGAUUUCCAUGAUUUUCAAUUUGCCGCCCAUCGUCCACCGCAUUGAGUCGACGCUCAUUGCGCUGGAGGCCGCGGCCGUGAUUGGGUUGCCUAGUAUCCACCCCGGCCUCGCACUGGAAGCGUGCACCAAAGACUGUGACGUUUCCGACGACGCGGGCGCGACCGAGACCGCCAUUAACUUCCAGGCCGGCAUGGGCCGCAACUACGAACGGCUCGAACUGCUGGGCGACUCGUUCCUAAAAAUGGCCUCUACGAUUGCACUCUACACGCUCGCCCCGGACAAGAAUGAGUUUGAAUACCACGUGGAGCGGAUGUGCAUGAUCUGCAAUAAGAACUUGUUCAACAAUGCGCUCGAGAUAGGGCUUGAGGAGUACAUCCGCUCCAAAGAGUUUGACCGUGCUUGGUACCCGCCCGUUGUGGAUGAGGCAGAGAAGCUAGCAGCAGAGGCGGCGGCCAAGACUGGCACACCCGACGAAAACGGCAAAACACCCACCGCACUGCACGGCUUGAUUCUCAAGAAAGGAAGAAAGCAGCAAGAGGGUAGCUACCAUGCGCUGAGUGACAAGAGCAUUGCCGAUGUGUGCGAGGCCAUGAUUGGCGCCGCCUACCUCACCACAUACGAGGAGCGUGACUUUGAUUUGGCCGUCCAGGCUGUGUCUGUUGUGGCCAAGAGCAAGUUCCACCCCAUGAGAACCUACAAGGAGUACUUUGCAGCCUACGUCCUGCCGGAGUGGCAGACAGCACCCGCCACCGCCGCCCAGGUGCAUAUGGCCAAAGCCGUGGCGCGUGACGUUGGCUACACCUUUACGUACCCGCGCCUGCUGCGCUGCGCCGUCAUGCAUCCGUCGUACCCGCGCGUGUACGAGCAGCUGCCGAGCUACCAGCGCCUCGAAUUCCUGGGCGACUCCCUUUUUGACAUGGCCGCGGUCGAUUACCUCUUCCACAAGUACCCGGACAAGGACCCGCAGUGGCUGACGGAGCACAAGAUGGCCAUGGUGUCGAACCAGUUCUUGGGGACGCUGAGCGUCACGCUCGGCUUCCACAAGCACCUGUUGUCGUUCACGGGCGACCUGCAGAAACAAAUCAUGGAAUACGUGGCCAAGAUCGAGGACGCGCGCGCGCGCGCCGAGGCCGAGGCCAUCGCCGCCGGCAAGCCCAGCACCGCGUUUGCGCGCGACUACUGGGUGCACGUCACGCGGCCCAUCAAGGUGCUGGCCGACGUGCUCGAGGCUUACAUUGGCGCCAUCUUUGUCGACUCGGGCUACGACUACUACGGCACCGUGCUGCCGUUUUUCCACCGCCACGUGCUGCCCUACUUUGAGGACAUGGCGCUCUACGACACAUUUGCCAACAAGCACCCCGUUACCUUUGCCGUCAAUGUGCUGACGCAGCGCUUCGGCUGCCGUGACUGGCGCGCCGUCGUGCAAGAGACGCCCGACAACGAGGGCGAUGGGUGCGUGACGUUUGCGACCAAGGUGGCCGCAGGCUUUCUGGUGCACGGCCGUGUGCUUGGCCACGGUAUAGCAGAGAGUGGCCGGUACGCCAAGAUUGCGGCUGCCAAGCAGGCACUGGCGAAACUGGACAGCCUGGGUGUCGAGGCGUUCCGGGCCCUGACUGGGUGCGACUGUCGUGUCGAGGCGGAAGCGGAAACCGUCGCCGAAGUCAUGGCCCAGGAAGCUGAGGUCGGUGACAGUGACCGUGCUGCGGCAGCAGCAGCCUCUACUGCAGUGUGA